AUGGCGAAUCCAAUAGCAGCUAUCACACGGUCGGAUGCCCUUCGUGGCAACGUCGUGCGUCUCGAGUGCCCACACGAGCUCCCCGAGAGAGUUUGGGACGGACCUAUCUACACCCGCUUACGUGAAGCACGACACAUCCAACCCGGGCACCGUAGCCCUUUCGUGAUCAAUGAUUCGAGUCGUCGCCCCGGCUGGGUGUGCGACUUGAUUCACCAACGGUAUGACCCUAACGAAUCAAGCGUGCCAUCAGCAGUGGACACGGAAGAAGGCCUGGCCGACGUCGUCAAUCCGUACAGCAGACUUACCGGACCAUCUGAAGAUCUCUCCAGGGAGUUACGUGACCGCCCGCUCCUAUUGCUAUUCCGGUUCGUGCGGUUUCGUCGCUGCUUUGUGACCAACGGCGACGGAUCAGACCCUAACCUUUUCGUCGAAGCAUCCCAGACUAUAUUCCUGCAACGAGGAGCGGCACCAGCUGACCCUGGUUUGCCAUCAGUAGGUACAGUAGCAGAAGCACCCCCAGUGACCGUAGCAGCGGGUGAAGCUGUGGUUGCUACGUUGAUGUCGCUCGCGCAGGCCACACAGCAGAUGGAAGCAACCACUCAACAACUUGUACGAGAACAACGCGAGCUGCGUGACCAACAACCAGAGGCAAUGGUGCGCUCAGCAGCUCUGCCUCCAUCCCGACCAAACGUGAAUAUCGACACCACCGCGAAGCCGGUCACUAUGGAGAGUGUCCCUCCUUCCAGUGGACGAAGUUCAGCCUCUGGUCGAUUCAGCGCGCGUGGCCACAGUGGACGUGCUCGACAACACAGCAGUCCAAGCCCACGGGGGCGAAACCACCACCGAUCAAGGGAUUGGAUCCGGAGCCCGACUCGACGUCACACAAGCGACCAUCGAGGCCGAAGCAGAAGCCGCGACCACUUUCAACCGGAUAGACGGCCACUCGGAGAACCCGGUGGCUCUCAGUCGUCUCGGGGACCGUCACCGCGUAAUCAUAGUCGGAGCCCACAUCGGGAACGGGACCGCUUCGAUAGCCACGGCCAUCGUCAACGCAUUGGAUAUCGUGAUAGCCCACGGGGGUGUACUGGAUACGAGGACAGACAAGUACGAAUGGAUCGGGAUUAUCAGCGACCGGAGCGCAAUGUCGAUACUUACACGACUCGUCAGCUGGACGUACGGAACGCAGGAGGAGGUCACUUUCAACGGUCUCACCCCCAUACCGGUCAGGAGUUUCAGUACUCCCAUGAUCAAGACAGACGUCGCCCACGCAAUGGAGAUAUCGUACAUCACACAAUCUCAGAACUGAUGGCUGGUGCAACCAGCUUCCGACCUCCUGCAGCGGAGCUCCAAGUCCACCAAGUAGCUAAUGUGGGGCCACGUCUGAAUGCAUCCGCACUUCCCGCGGAGGUCAAGGCAUUGAUUCCGAUGGUGAAUGACAGUCAGGCAUGUCUUCGCUUCCAAACAGUGAAGGGCUGCGACUUUUUAGGAUGCAAGAACAAACACGAACGGAUCCGAUUACCUACAGCGGUCUUCGACCACGUGACCAACAAGCAUGCUGAACUCAAAGCGAGACACCCGAAGUUUUCGAGCUGA